AUGACGACAUCGGCUAGUGCGAUGAAGACUCGAUGUCUGAUCACUGGAGCAGGAGGCUUCAUAGGUCAAGCUCUAGCAUCGGCGCUACUUGCUCAACCUGAGGUCUCCCAUCUGAUCCUCACAGACACCACCGCUCCCGCUCAUCCCGCUUCAAGCAACGCCUCCAAGGAGAAUGGGAAACCACCUUCAGUCCAUCUUCACGCAGCCGAUCUCACCGAUGGGAAACACAUACAAUGGCUUUGCGAUCAAGAGUUCGAUUGUAUCUACCUCCUCCACGGCAUCAUGUCCGGGCAGGCAGAGUCAAAUCUCGAAUUGGGCCUCAAUGUGAAUAUCGACUCCGUUCGCCGCAUAUUAGAUCAAUUGCGCGAGAAGAAGCCAGGCGUCAGGCUUGUCUUUACUUCCUCAACGGCAGUCUACGGCCCGCCACCAGACCCAGACUCUGUCUUCAGCGAAUUAACAGCACCAGACCCCAGGUCAAGCUAUGGGGCCCAGAAGCAUAUUGCAGAGACGCUGGUCAAUGACUAUUCCCGACGCGGUUUGAUUGAUGGCCGGAUAGUUCGCCUCCCUACCGUCACAGUACGUCCAGGAAAGCCAACAGGUGCGGCAUCUUCAUUUGCAUCUGGUAUCUUCCGUGAGCCACUAAGCGGAGAGCAAAGCGUGCUCCCCGUAUCCAAGGAUCUAGAUUUAUGGGUGUGUUCUCCACGGACGGUCGUCAAAAAUCUAUUGCUGGCAAAGAACAUCCCAACGGAGAAGUACGAUCGCAAGUCUAGGAUCGUGAAUCUUCCUGGUAUCACGAUAUCGGUACAGCAGAUGCUUGAUGCUCUAAAAGCAGUCGGAGGCGAGAAGGCUCUAGGUUUAGUGCAUGAGAAGAAAGAUGAGGCAACGCAAAGAAUUGUUGAGGGGUGGCCCACGAGGCUCGACACGACAAAGGCAAGGGGUCUGGGCUUUGUGAGCGACGGGCCUUUUGAGAGGACUUUGAAGGAGUAUAUUGAAGAUUACACGGAGGGACAGCAUUGA